CGACAUCAUGACACCGUGACACCCUCGAUAAGCUGCAAGACGACCACGACAUGGUCCGCCUUUGGCCCUGGAAGGGCGAGGACAACUCCCCAGCCUCCUUCGAAAAGACCCUCGCUUCACUGGCGACCAAGAUAUCCAAGUCGCAGUCACAGCUGGAUUUCCUCCGUCAACGUGGUCGCCGAUACAAAGCACUAUGGACUCUAUAUACUAGCUUCGCCUACCUCUUGUGCGGCAUCAUUCUCUCCCUCGUAGUGGGGUGGAAGAACUGGACGGCGUCGGAGUAUACAGCGAUUGCGGGGAGCCCCGUGAUAAUCUACCUAGUCCGAAUGGGCCUCACAGCAUACUACAACUACCGUAUUGAUACAGUCACACAACGUUUAGAAGACCAGCAAGCAGAGCGGACCAAGACGAUCGAGAAACUCAAAACUGCGACGAAAUACAAUUCUACACAAGAACUCCUUGAGAAAUAUGGCGGUGCUCCACCUAAACCUAAGAAGCCUGCAACGCCCAAGGAACCAAAACCUAUACAAAAAUCGACGGGGAGGACGUCGAUGGGCCCGCCACCAACUGCAAAUAUUGGAAGGCCAGAUCAUAUCCCAAGUCAACCAUCAACCCCCCAACCAGGAACUCCGCAACCCGUGCCAAAUCUCACCCCCCAGCGCAUGCCCUACCUUCCGAUAUCUCCAAAGACGCCGCAAGGACAAGCUGGGCCACCAGAGUUUGCUCCAAAUGCCUUCUCUGCGCCCCCACAAUAUGCUCAGGCCGGCGAGAUGAACCCUGGAGGAGCUUGGUACGAUAGGAUUUUGGACCUACUUAUGGGAGAGGACGAGACAUUACCAAGGAACCGUGUCGCGCUGAUUUGCCAAAACUGCCGCCUCGUAAAUGGACAAGCUCCACCAGGAACCAAAAGUCUUGCGGAUCUAGGAAAAUGGAAGUGUUUCGGCUGCGGGAUGAUGAACGGCGAAGAAGACGAAGCCGUAAAAAUUGUUCAAGAAAUGAAGGAACGCAUCGAUUCACAAGGGAAAGACGAGCCAGAGCCAGAGAGCAAACCAGCGGAGGAUUCUGCAACUGGUGAAAGCGGAGAUAUGAUGGAAGGGUCCACGGAUGAGGUCGAUGUUGAUUCGACGGAGGACACAAUCGAGGUGAAGCCUACUCCAAGUAAGAGAGGUCGACCGAGGGGCAGCAAGAAGAAAGCUUAGUUUAAUGAAUCGUUGUUUGAGAACCGUG